CUUUUUUCUUUUUCUCUCCCCAAAGACCAAAUCGAAAAAAAAGUAUCAGAAGAGCAGAUUUGCCUAAAUUUACAUAGUAUACAUUGCUAGCCUCAAUCAAAUAUGUCAGGAUCUAUCGGACAUCUUGCGAAAAGAAAAACCGGAGAAGAGUGGUUUAAAAUGGAAGAAAAACUAUACAUCAAAAUUCAUGACCAGUUUCAAGCAACACCGAUCGCCACUUCAUCGCUAUCUCUAUUCAAGAAACCAUUCUUAAGCACAGUCCCUCCUAAGAACUGUCUUGAGUAUUAUAAGAAAGCAAAAUAUAAAGACGAUGUUGCUGCAUCUGAAUCAUAUUAUAAUAUUGGCCUUAUAUAUCAAAUUGGUCGUUACGCCAAAAAAGAUUAUACUGAAGCGUUCUACUGGUUUAAAAAAGCUGCAGAAUAUGACCAUGCCAAAGCCCAAGAAAAAAUCGGAAGAUAUUAUUACAAGGGCUACGGUGUGAAGCAAUCUUACAAAGAAGCGAAAAUGUACUACGAAAAAGCUGCUGAGAAAGGAGACAAAGAGGCUCAAUUUCGACUAGGCUUAAUUUAUCAUGACGGUCUAGGGGUUCGACAAAGUUACGAUCAAGCCCUGUUUUAUUAUCAAUCUUCAGCCGACAACGGGAAUCCAGUCGCAUCAUAUAAUAUGGGUACUAUAUAUGAAAACGGUCAAGGUGUUUGCCAAAAUUAUGAACUAUCCUUCAAAUGUUACAACAAGGCUGCACAUUCUGGAGAUAUAGAUGCACAACUAAAAGUAGGCCAAUUACUUAGCCUGGGAUUAGGCACAGAGAAAGAUUAUCAACAAGCCAUUACGUGGUACAAAAAAGUGGCAGAGGACAACCAAACCAAUGCAAAUGUACAUUUCAAAAUAGCAGAGUUGUACAAAAAUGAACACGGGAUAGAUCAAAAUAGUAAAUUGGCAUUCGAUCACUAUACUAAAAGUGUCCGGUUAGAUACCAGUGAGGGUAAGCAGGAUAACGGUGAAAGUCACGUUGCUCUCGGUAAAAUGUAUUUUUAUGGUCUGGGUACAAAUCAGGAUAACAGAAUGGCCAUGAUGAUGUUUCAGAAAGCAUUAAUUAUUUCCGGAAAUGCGGAGGCACAAAUUUACAUUGAUAAAAUGAAGGGGAAAAAAGAACGAACGCAAUAUUUUUCUGAUUGGUCGACUACUACUGUUCCCGCAUCCCCAACACCGCCGGCUUCGAUAGUCGACGAGACAAGAAGUAUUAGCUCAUUUGGUAGCAAUAUUUAAUUCACAAUCACCCAAAACAAAACUAUAAGCUUAAAUAUGCACAUGGCCAAAUAUGAAAUUUACAUAUGAUCAGUUCGUUAGGAUAACAAAAAAAAAAAAAAAAAAAAAAAAGAAAAGAAAAGAAAAGAAAAAAAGCAAUUAUUAAUUAAUUAGAAAAUACUUCUU